AUUAACAAUUAAUAAACUUGUAAAACAUGUGAAUUUGAGAAUGAAUUUCAAGGUAAAAGCUAAAAAUCUCACUUAAAUCAAAUGCCCAAGAGGAGAGAAUGAGUCACGAAGUCACGGACUGCCUCUGUUGGGACGAUCUGUUUCCUUUACUGCCUCUUUUUGGUUUGGUGAAGGAGAGGAAGAUGAGUGGUGGCGGUGUGAACAAAAUCAGGUGGCGAUGUGAGCAAAAUCAGGGACGAUCUGUUAUGCUUUGCUGCUUCUGUUUGGGUUGCUUUUGUUUGGGUCGCUUUUGUUUGGGUUGCUUUUGUUUGGGUCGCUUUUGUUUGGGUCGGUAAAGGAGUGGAAGAUGAGUGGCAAAGGCGUGAGGCUGUGAGCUUUGUCAGGAUGCUACCCACGGAGGAGAGGUGCUGAGCUGCCGGUGGAGAUGCAAGGAGAUUAGAAUACUCUGUUGCUGAUGUUCAGUUUAGCGAAGGAGAUGAGGCCGACGGAGGACUAGUGAGUGAGAUGCCGACAGAAGUGGAGCAGGGAGAUUAAGUGCUUUGCUGCUUCUGUUCGGCGGUGGAGAUGCCGACGAACUCACGGAAA